GACACACUGAAUCCAGUUGCGGAAUAUUUUUCAGAAUAUCAAAACAGGAAAACUGACCAUUUAACAAAUGAUUAAUAAACUUACCAGCCUCAAAGCUAUGUAGUCUUUGCUCAAAGGCUGACCAGCCUGUAAGUGAAUAUCCGGGGCACAUUCUUUCAAUCUGCACACAAACACAUGUGUGAUCGGGACAGUACAGACAGGAGGUGCAGCUCCUCUCUCUUGGAAUAGCCUAUAUACAGAGGUGCCAUGAGCUAACCGAGGGCUUAAACUAGAUUUUGUUCAAUGGGUAAUUCAGGGGUGUGUUGUGGCAAUCUGGAGGAGCAGAAGGGGCUGAUGAAGAUGGGCCUUUGUAUGGUGUUAGUAGGGCAUGUGAACUUCCUGCUGGGUGCUCUGGUCCAUGGUGUGGUGCUGAGACACUUCAGCCUGCAGCGGGGACAGGCCAUGGAAAGCGCCAUCUCUAACGUCAUAGCUCUGACAGCGGGCCUGCUGGGUGUCAUUAUUGGGAUAUUGACUAUUGUUCUGUCCAAAAAUGAGAAGAACAGGCUACUGACUUUGUCACUGCUCGUGUUAAGUGCUGUAGCUGGUUUAGUGGCUGCCGCCUCAGUCAUCGGUCUGAUGGUGUCCUUGGUAAAGACCAUAAUUCAUGGCGACAAGAGACUACUCGCUUACUGUGGCUACAAUGAUGGCAGGAGUCACCUAACCAUUGCCAAUGAGUGUCCUUUUGACCCCACUCGUAUUUUUAGCACCACGAUUGUCCUCUGGGUCCCAUUGAUACUAAUGAGUGCAGUGGAGAUGGUGUUCUCUUGCCGCUUAUUUAAGGUCUCCAUCUCCUACCUCGUUCAGUCCUGGUGCCUCCGCAAACAACAUCUACAAGAUGAGAACAGAUUGAUGAAAACCCCGGGAGCGUGCGAGCCCCGCUGCGUACCUCCACUCAGUCGUUGUGAAGGAGACGAGGAGCGGAGGUUGUCUGUUAGACCCCCAGAGCGGUACAAGCCACCCUGCAACUUUCACCCGCACCGCUCCGCGUCCUCCGGCCAGUACCGCCAAAACCUCUCCUCAUCCCCGUUCAACCGGGCGGCGCUGGAACGGUCCAGUAUCUGGAUCUGAAUUUGAAACAGACCGUGGCACUGGCCUCAUUCGAGGAUCAAGGAUAGACUACAGGUCGCAUCUGAUGUUUUGUCACUCACGGACCGUCACUUUUCGUUUGUUGUCAAUAUACCUAUUCAAUAGCGUCUAGUUUAUGCUGUCUAGAGAGAAAAGUCAGGUUUUGCAUACUUUGGGGGGUAAAAAAUUCCCCACAUAGCUAAUAGAAUACUAAAAGCUGAAAUUACCAAUAACAGUAGGCCUAUACUAAACACAAUAAGCUUAAUGAAAAUAGAAAACAUUUAGAAAGGUUUCUAAGACUGUUCGCUAAUGUUAGGCCAUAGCUCACUAUAAAGUCAUUAGAAAGUCUAAAAAAAAAUCAUUUCAGUGAAAUUUACGGUAAAAAUACGGUAGCAACAUUUUAGGUUUUACAGAUUUAACUUAAAUUUACAUUAAAAAAACGUUUUUAUUAACUAAUAUAAUGUUAAUUAUGACUGUAAUACUAAUAAUGACACUAAAGUAAUGCAAUAAACAUUAAUUUAACAACAUUAGAUGGAACAUAAAAUGUACAUAACUGAUGAGAAAAAAAUUUAGAAGCAAAGUUGUUUCAAUGAAAAUAAAAAUCAUGAUAAUUUUUUAAAGUGAAA